GUGGUUGCAAAGAUGCUCUAUCAGGAAGUGGGUUUGAGGAGCUGCACAGCUUCCUGCCCCCCCACCCAGAGCUGAGUAGGGUGAGAAAGGCAAGUGCCAGUCUGGGCCACGAGACACAGCUUCUUGCCGGGGUCCUGGCAGCUUCCUCCUCCCCAGCCACUUCCGUGUGGCCGGGGCCCCAGUGGCAGGAGCCGCUGCCCGUUGCCCAGGCCACCCUCCACCCCCAGUUUGGAGCCCGGCCCCUCUGGGGCUGGGCCAAGCCCAGUGGCCGGCUGGGAUCCCAUGGGGGACUGGUAGGGCAAAGGUCUUGGGGGACAGAGGUGGCUGGGCCAGAGUCCUGGGGCUCCGGCCAUGAAGUCUCGGCAGAAAGGAAAGAAGAAGGGCAGCUCGAAGGAGCGGGUAUUUGGGUGUGACCUGCAGGAGCACCUGCAGCACUCAGGCCAGGAGGUGCCCCAGGUACUAAGGAGCUGUGCAGAGUUUGUAGAGGAGUAUGGAGUGGUGGACGGGAUCUACCGUCUCUCAGGGGUCUCCUCCAACAUCCAGAAGCUCCGGCAGGAGUUUGAGGCAGAACGGAAGCCAGACCUGCGGCGGGAUGUUUACCUCCAGGACAUUCACUGCGUCUCCUCCCUGUGCAAGGCCUAUUUCAGAGAACUGCCAGAUCCCCUCCUCACUUACCGGCUCUAUGACAAGUUUGCUGAGGCUGUGGCAGUGCAGUUGGAGCCUGAGCGCUUGGUCAAGAUCCUAGAAGUGCUUCGAGAACUCCCUGUCCCAAACUACAGGACCCUGGAGUUCCUCAUGCGGCACUUGGUGCACAUGGCUUCUUUCAGUGCCCAGACCAACAUGCACGCCCGCAACCUGGCCAUUGUAUGGGCACCCAACCUGCUGAGAUCUAAGGACAUAGAGGCCUCGGGCUUCAAUGGGACAGCGGCCUUCAUGGAGGUGCGUGUGCAGUCCAUCGUCGUUGAGUUCAUCCUCACGCAUGUGGACCAGCUCUUUGGCGGUGCUGCCCUUUCUGGUUGUCAGGUGGACAGUGGAUGGCGACCACUUCCAGGGGCCCGGGCAUCAGGUAGCUCUGAGGACCCUAUGCCCAGGUCCCUGCCUUACCACCUGCCUAGCAUCCUGCAGGCUGGCGAUGGGCCCCCACAAAUCCGGCCCUACCAUACUAUCAUUGAGAUUGCAGAGCACAAGAGGAAGGGGUCUUUGAAGGUCAGGAAGUGGAGAUCUAUUUUCAAUCUAGGUCGUUCUGGCCAUGAGACAAAGCGUAAACUUCCACGGGGAGCUGAUGACAGAGAGGACAAAUCCAAUAAGGGGACACUGCGGCCAGCCAAGAGUAUGGACUCACUGAGUGCUGCAGCUGGGGCCACAGAUGAGCCAGAGGGAUUGGUGGGGUCCAGCAGUGCCCGGCCAUGCCCACUGCUGCCCGAGAACUUGGAGAACGAUUCUAUGGAGGCAGCAGAGGGUGAACAGGAGCCCGAGGCAGAAGCACUGGGUGGCACAAACUCCGAACCAGGCACACCACGAGCUGGACGGUCAGCCAUCCGGGCUGGGGGCAGCAGCCGUGCAGAGCGCUGUGCUGGCGUACACAUCUCAGACCCCUACAAUGUCAACCUCCCACUACAUAUCACCUCUAUCCUCAGUGUGCCCCCAAACAUCAUCUCUAACGUUUCCUUGGCCAGGCUCACUCGUGGCCUUGAGUGCCCUGCUCUACAGCACCGGCCAAACCCUGCCUCUGGCCCUGGCCCUGGCCCUGGCCCUGGCCCCCCAGAUGAGAAGUCGGAGGAAAGUCCAGUCCCAGGUUCCCCGGCUGACUCAGGCUCAGAAGACAUGGCUCCUGCCCUGGAGGAUUCCCUGUCCCAGGAGGUGCAGGAUUCCUUCUCCUUCCUAGAGGACUCAAGCAGCUCAGAGCCUGAGUGGGUGGGGGCGGAGGAUGGGGAGGUGGCCAAGGCAGAAGCAGCAGGAGCCACCUUCUCCCCUGGGGAGGACGACCCUGGGAUGGGCUACCUGGAGGAGCUCCUGGGAGUUGGGCCUCAGGUGGAGGAGUUCUCUGUGGAGCCACCCCUGGAUGAUCUAUCUCUGGAUGAGGCGCAGUUUGUCCUGGCUCCUAGCUGCUGUUCCCUGGACUUGGCUGGCCCCAGGCCUGAAGUAGAGGAGGAAAAUGGGGAAGAAGUCUUCCUGAGUGCCUACGAUGACCUAUGUCCCCUUCUCAAACCCCAAACCCCAACCUGGGAGGCUGCAGAGAGUCUGGAGGAAGAGGCAGCAGGGUGCGGAAGGCAGGCUCCAGGACAGGCUGAGGAAGAACAGGCCUGCGGGGCAGUGGGAGAGGACAAGGAGGCUGGGCCUGGAAGGAGAUGGGAUAUCAGGGAAGAGGCUGAAGGGAGUCCAGAGACUGAAGUGGAGGCUGGGAAGGGUGGUGAGGACAGAGGUGAGGCUGUAAGAAGCCAAGAGACAAUGGCCAGUUUGAGAGAAGAGAGUGCGGAAGAGACAGAGGCCAAGGAAGAAAAGUCCAAAGAUCAGAAAGAGGCUGAAAGUACAGAGGAGACUAAGGGUGUGGAGGAACCAGGAGGAGAGCAGGAUAAAGACAAGGAGAAGGAAAGAAAAAUUGAGAGAGAAGAGGCUGAGCACGGAGAGAAAGCCCAGGUAGAAGAUGGAAGGGACCCAGAGCACAGGGCCCAGGAACACCAAGUUGCUGAGGAAAACUGGGAAGUUGUACACAAAGAAGAAGCUGAGGGAGGCAGAGAGGAUGAAGUCAAAGAACAGAGGGGGAAUAGGGACCCUGAGUCAAGAGAAGACCAAGGAGAUGGUGAAGACAGCAGAAGCCCAGAAGCAGCUGAAGGAGGAGCAGGGGGGGUCAGCAAAGAAGGGGAGAGUGGGGAUGGAGAGGCUGAGGGAGACCAGAGGGCUGGAGGUGACCAUUUAGAAGAGGGUGCCCUCUCUGAAGGUUCAGGCAUAGAGUCUUUGGAGGUUGACUGUGCCAAAGAUGGCAAUGCCCAGUCUUCUGACAUGGAGCAGGUAGCCCCACAGCCACCUCGGCCAGAGGAGAUGGAGCCUGAGGGGCAGCCCAGUCCAGAGAGCUGUAAUCUGUGCCCCUGUCCCCUUGGCUCCACUGGUGGUGUGGGCAUGCGCCUGGCUUCCACCCUGGUUCAGAUCCAACAGGUCCGCUCUGUGCCUGUGGUGCCCCCCAAACCACAGUUUGCCAAGAUGCCCAAUGCAAUGUGUAGCAAGAUCCACGUAGCACCUGCAAACCCAUGCCCAAGACCCGGCCGGCUUGAUGGGACUCCUGGGGAAAGGGCUUGGGGGUCCCGAGCUUCUCGAUCUUCUUGGAGGAACGGGGGCAGUCUUUCCUUUGAUGCUGCUGUGGCCCUGGCCCGGGACCGCCAAAGGACUGAGGCUCAGGGAGUUCGGCGGACCCAGACCUGUACUGGGGGUGGGGACUAUAACCUUAUCCCCAGAACCCUCCCCUGUAGCAUGAUGCCUGCCCAUUCUCCUUGGCCCCUUAGCUGCAUGGAGCUCCCAUCUGAAGGCACAGAAGAGUCUGGACGCCGAAGUCGGCUUAGUCUGCCCCCCAGGGAGCCUCAGCUUCCUGAUCCUCUUUUGCCCCCCCAGCGCCGAUCAUAUGCAUUUGAAACACAGGCUAACCCUGGGAAAGGUGAGGGACUGUGAUUAAGACCAGAGCCCUGGGCAAAGGGGACCAAUAUAUUGUCUUGAAUCUCCAGGGUCCCUGACUAAGCUGUCUCUUCUGCCACCUGAGCAGUUGUAGUGCCCAACGCUAUAGGCUCUGGCUCUCCCAGCUUCUCUUUUGACUGUGGGAGGCACUGCUUGGUUGGUUUACCUGAGGUUGUCUCAGACACAAAGUACUUAUCUCUUAGGAGAUUCCCAAGAAAGUCACCAAAAUCCUGUUCCCAGGGAGUGGGGUCAUUGGCCAAAGGGAACAUACGGUAAGCAGAAAACUUGGGUUUCUCAAAGUGAAGACCAGAGGGAGAAUUCCAGCCAAAUUCCUGCCCUCCUCUGAGGCUGUGAAUUUCUUUUCACUGGAGCCCAGGGUAGAGAUGGGGAGGAGAGUUCCAGGUCAGAGUCUUCCAUAUACUUCUAGAGUUGCUCAUCCUUGUUCUAUUCCUGAACUCUUGGAUACCUCCUGAUUCUUUUAGCUCCAGGUUAGGAGGAACAUAUCCAGGAAGCUCUUUGAAGCCCUUAGUGUUUGUUGGAGGGACUGGACCCCUCUCCAGCUCCCCUACCUUCCACCUCCAGGGACCAUGUGGAAGAGAGGUCCUGUAUAGAUCUCUCCGACCUCUCCUUUUCCCUUUGGAAUAACUUCCACCUAUUUCAGGAAAAGGGGAAUUGUGUCACUCAGGCCCUGGGACUGCAUCCCCAGAAAGCUGGGGCCACAUACUCUAGUAAGGAUCAAUGUCUCAGAAUAAAAGAUGUAUUUUUA